GGCCCGGGCUGUGGGGCCGGCCGGCGAUGGGGGAGGCCGGGCCGGGGCCGGGCGCUGGGCCGGGGCCCAGGGAGGCGCAGGAGCCCGAAGAGGACUCGGCGGCGCCGGGCGGCGCACGAGGGGGCCGGGCCGGACCCCGCGGCGGCAUCCGGGUGCUGAAGAGGAACGCGAAGCGCACCGGGGGCAGGAGCUGCCAGAGCAGGAGUCGGGUUGGUUCCCGGGAGAGGACCUGGCUGAAAGGGGACGUCGGACGAGGCUGCGUGUAUGUUUAUGGAAGAGACUCAGCAGCUGCGGCUCCUUCGGACUUACGCCUGGUCCUCUGCACAGUGGACACCCAAGCCUCGGAGAUCUGUGACGGAGAAGGGAGGGAAAACCUCUUUUUGCAGCUUCAUGGAGACCUGGUCAGGAGACUUGAGCCCACAGAAAAACCCCUUCAGAUUGUAUAUGACUACUUGGCUGGGUUGGGUUUUGAUGAUCCUCUCAGAAUGCAGGAAGAGGCAGCAAACUCCGAUCUCAGCUGUAUGAUUCGCUUUUACAGUGAAAAGCCAUGUCAGGUGGAGCAGCUGGAUCGCAUACUGCUCUCUGGAGUCUAUAACGUACGCAAAGGAAAGACUCAGCUGCACAAGUGGGCAGAGCGCUCGGUCACUCUCUGUGGUACAUGCCUCAUUGUGUCCUCAGUGAAGGACAGCCAUGCAGGGAAGAUGCACAUCUUGCCUCUCAUUGGAGGGAAGGUGGAAGAGAUGAAACGUCGGCAGUACACCCUUGCUUUCACAUCUGCUGGAGCACAAGCUCAGACAUACCACAUUUCCUUUGAAACGCUGGCAGAGUGCCAGCGGUGGCACCGGCAGGCAUCCACGAUUGUGUCUAUGCGAUUUAGCAUGGUUGAUCUUUCAUGCUACAGCCUUGAGGAAGUACCAGAGCACCUCUUCUACAGUCAAGAUAUCACCUACCUCAACUUACGCCACAAUUUUAUGAGAACAAGUGGAGCAGGGAGUCUUGACUCCCUUUGCAGGUUUUCUCAGUUGAAGAGUCUGAACUUAUCUCAUAAUAGACUGGGAGAGUUUCCUGUAUCACUGUGUGAGAUCUCUACUCUGACUGAGCUUAACAUUUCCUGUAACGGACUUCAUUACUUGCCAAGUCAGAUUGGCAAACUGUUGAAUCUCCAGACUUUCUGGCUUGAUGGCAAUUUCCUCACAUUCUUACCAGAAGAAAUGGGAAACCUGCAGCAGCUCAACUGUCUUGGGCUUUCCUUCAAUAACUUCUGUGAACUGCCUGCAAUUUGUGAGAAACUUGUCACCUUAGACAAACUAGCCCUGGCAGGGAACUUGCUAGAGACCCUGGACCUGACAGUGCUGAACCGUAUGAGUCACAUCAAAAGUGUGGACCUGAGGCUGAACAACCUGAAGAGAGCAACAGCUGACACUCUGGAGGGGAACAAAUCUGUGGCUUACAUGGAUUUACGAGACAAUCAGAUGACAGAUCUGGAUCUGAGCUCCUUGGUCAGCCUGGAGCAACUGCACUGCGAGCGAAAUAAGCUGAGAGAGCUGACACUGAGCGGCUUCUCCCUUCGGGCCCUGUAUGCCAACAGCAACUGUCUCACAGCUGUCAAUAUUUAUCCGGUUCCUGGUCUACUGACGUGUCUAGAACUCUCUCACAAUCAACUACAGUGCGUCCCAGACUGGGCCUGUGAAGCAAAGAAACUGGAAUUUUUGGAUGUGAGCUACAACCUACUCUUGGAGCUUCCAUCGAGGAUCCUCAGAAGCUUGAGUCUUCGGAAGCUGAUGGCAGGGCACAAUCGUCUGCAGAGCCUUCCACCUCUUCUAGAACACAUUCCACUGGAGGUGCUGGACCUUCAGCACAAUCUGUUGACUAAACUCCCAGAGACACUCUUUGUCAAAGCUCUGAACCUCAGGUACCUGAAUGCAUCUGCAAACAACCUGGAGUCCUUGCCCUCUGCAUGUACAGGGGAGGAGAGUUUGAGCAUGCUGCAGCUGCUAUACUUGACUAAUAACAACCUCACAGAUCAUUGCAUCCCUGUCUUGGUGGGACACCCAAACCUGCGGAUCCUGCAUCUGGCAAACAACAACCUGCAGACUUUCCCUGCCAGCAAACUUAGCAAGCUGGAGCACUUGGAAGAACUGAAUCUGAGCGGCAACAAGCUGAAAACAAUUCCUACAACGGUUGCAAACUGCAAGCUACUUCAUACACUUAUUGCACACUCUAAUGAAAUCAGCAUUUUUCCAGAAAUCCUGCAUUUGCCCCGUAUUCAGUUUGUGGAUUUGAGCUGCAAUGAGUUAACUGAAAUCCUAAUCCCUGAGGCACUGCCAGGUGCCUUGCAAGAGCUGGAUCUGAGUGGAAACACAAACCUGGUGUUAGAACACAAGACGCUGGAUAUCUUCAGUCACAUUACCACACUGAAGAUUGAUGCUAAGCCCUCCCUCACGGCAGAGUCGGCACUCACUUCUGCCUUCUGGAGUCACGGAGUAGCUGAGAUGGCAGGCCAGAGAAAUAAGCUCUGUGUGUCAUCCCUGGCACUGGGGAGCUUUGCAGAGGGGGUGGAGGCUGUGUAUGGCAUGUUUGAUGGUGACAAGAACGAAGAACUGCCACGCUUGCUACAGUGCACCAUGGCCGAUGUGCUCCUGGAGGAGGUACAGCAGUCUGACACCAUGUUCAUGUCCAACACCUUCUUGGUCUCCCACAGGAAGCUGGGCAUGGCUGGGCAGAAGCUGGGUUCCUCUGCUGUCCUUUGCUACAUUCGUAAUGAGGUGGCUGAUCCAGCCAGCAACUUUUCUCUGAUGGUGGCCAAUGUGGGAACGUGCCAAGCUGUUCUGUGCCGAAGUGGAAAAGCACUGCCUCUCUCCAAAGUCUUCAGCCUUGAACAAUGUUCAGAAGAAGCCAGGAGAGUCAAGGAGCAAAAAGCCAUUAUAACAGAGGACAAUAAAGUCAAUGGUGUGACUUGCUGUACUCGGAUGCUGGGCUGCACGUACCUGCAUCCUUGGAUCCUGCCCAAACCACAUGUCAAUUCCAUUCCACUGACUGUACAGGAUGAGUUGCUACUUCUAGGGAACAAAGCUCUCUGGGAACAUCUUUCUUAUGCAGAAGCUGUCUCAGCUGUGCGGCACCUACACGAUCCACUAGCUGCUGCAAAGAAACUCUGCACUUUAGCCCAAAGCUAUGGUUGCCAAGACAAUGUUGGUGCAAUGGUGGUAUGUCUGAACAUCAGUGAGGACAACUGCACAUGUGAGAUGCACAGCCUCACUCUGACAGGCCCUGGGGGAUUUAGUUCUACCACCACCAAACCAGCAACACCUUCUUGUAGCAGUGGAAUUGCUUCAGAGUUCAGCAGUGAACUGUCUGCCUCUGAGGUUAGCAGUGAGGUGGGCUCUACUGCAUCAGAUGAACACAGUGCUGUUGGUCUCGAUGGCAGUUUGCUGUCACGACAAGAACGACGUUGCAGCCUACAUCCGGUGCCCCCCCCAAGCAUCUUUCAGCGCCAGCCUUCCAGUGCCACUUUCUCUAGUAACCAGUCUGACAACGGUCUAGAUAGUGAUGAUGAGCAGCCUGUGGAAGGUGUGAUGACAAAUGGCAGUAAAGUAGAGGUAGAGGUGGACAUCCACUGUUGUAAAGGAAAGGGUCUGGAAUUAGAACAUCCUGCUGCAGAGUACAGCUCUUCUACUCCAAGGCCAGAGGAUGAGUCUGGUCUUGUACUCAUCAUUCGGAGGCAGAACAGUGUAAACAGCAACACUGUGCAGAGAGGGGUCAAGGAGAAGUGUGAACUCCAAAAAUCCCUUUCCACAUGUUGUCUUUAUGGAAAGAAGCUUUCCAAUGGCUCCAUAGUGCCCUUGGAGGAGAGCCUCAACCUCAUUGAAGUAGCAACAGAGGCACCCAAGAAGAAGACAGGCUAUUUUGCUGCUCCAUCCCAGAUGGAGCCAGAUGAUCAACUUGUGGUCCCACCUGAUCUGGAAGAGGAAGUAAAGGAACAAAUGAAGCAACACCAGGAGGACGGAGCAGAUCAUGAGCUGAAAGAACAUGCAGCACCCCUGCCAGAGGAGUUUGACACAGCUUUGUAAACUCUAAGAGUACCACUCCCACAUUGUCUAUCCCAGGAAGCUCUGUUUCAUAAGGGCUGUCUUGCCCUCUGAGGGAGCUGGGAUCUGCAAGGAGUACAGGCACCUGCUGCUUCCUUAAUGGAGUUGAGGAAGAAUCAGGAAGGCCAGAGUCUGGGCUGUCCACUUAACCUCUGUAGGGUCUCAGUUGUUCAAAAGAAACCGAUCAGCAGCUGAGCUCUGUGUUAGGGACUGUCUGGUAAGUCCUUGAACCCUGAGAUUCUGCCAGCUCUGCAGGAAAAGGGGCUGGUAUAUGUGUGUCUGGAGUGAGGAGGCUGCUGAAGGAGAAAUGGUCAGUGUUUAGAGUCCUGUGAAUAUUUCUGCAUAUCUAUGCAGUGUCCCACCCUCCUCCCCAGCACCUGACUUGGUUAUUUCUUUAAAGAAUACAGCCAGUUGCAAUGAAGCUGACUUAAGAAUGGUUUCCUACAUUAAUUGCAAGCACUUUUAUUUAUUGCACUUAAGCUGUCCUUUUCCCCUUCAGCCCAGCACUUUAUUAUUUAGGGUUAGGGGAGAAAGCACUCCACAGCAGGUAUGCUGUGGCCUUUUCCCAGUGGAUGUUCUUAGGGUAGUAGGGGUCUCAGGGUACCAGUGUUCUGAUGAGCACUGGUGUAGGGGAGAGUGAGGGUUAUAGUGGGAUCAUUCUGUGCAGGAUGAGAAAAUACAUAGCUGAGUGAUAAGCAGGUGCCAACCAAUGCAUUUUAUAUGGAGCACAGGAAUUAUCAGCUCAGGACUGGUUGAUUAAGGUAAUGUGUAGAUCUCAUGCUUCUAGCUGCAGAGCACAGACCGACCUCAGCAGCAACCUGGCCACCUUCAUCGUGGACACUUCACAGUAGAGGCUUCCUGUAUCCAGAACACAUGGGAUAAAGCCAGGAGCUUGUGCUUGUCUCAGUGCUCCGUCAGAGGAGCCAAGCUGUAAACAGUGGUGUGCUGCUCUAGGACUGGCAGAAGCAUCCAGUGCUCUUUUCCAUCAACAUAAACCUCUCCAUUGUCAGCUACAGCAUCUUUGCUUGCCUCUGGAAAAAGGAGUCAUAUUUGAAAUUCAGAGCAAACAGCAUUUCAUAGUAUGUGCCAAAUUUGGCCACAAAUAAGGUGAAAGUGUACUUGUUCCUGCUUAGCUUUCAGCACAGAAGCAAAAACUAAACUUUUCAUCUUACUAACAUUUUUAUCAGCUCUGAAAAAAAUGUUUAAAACAGUCCCACUAAUGAUGAACAGGCUAGUCUGCACUCAGAUGCCAUGUGUUUCCAUUAGGACUUUUGGUGCAGGGUGUAAGUUGGCUGCCUAUGUUGUCAUCUUGUAUAAGGGUUGUGGAGACCACUGCCUCUGUAGUAUGCAGAUCUGUCUUCCUUUCUGACAAAGCUGGAUAGCACCUGUCCCUGUCAUGUCAGUGGUGCAAUAAUCCUGACUGUAAUGUGGGCUAGUGCCUUGUCUUCAUUAAUUAUAUUUAAGAAGAAGACUUAAAAGUUUCUUUUGAAGAGAUCUGAGAGGCUUGUUUUGUCUAUUUUUGGAUCAAAUUUGGGCCUUGCUCAGAAGGAAAUACUGUGCAGACUAUUUGUGGAAUUCUGUCAAUAUAGAUAUUUUCACAAAAUCUAAUGGAGUUUUAGUGAGAUUUCAGAGCACCUUGAAUUUCCUCUCACUAGGAGAAAAAGGUAUUUUUAUCAUGCAUGAAGAGCAACGUUUUAGGAUAUACUUUGUGCUAGUUGCAGUGUAAUCACAAAACAACCCAACUUUUUCUAAAGUUUAAACUCUCACAAUUUUUGGUUGUUUAAAUGCCUAUUUCAUUUGGAACUGGGAGUUGAAGCUAAUUCUUAAAAUUACAGAAACAACAGCAUUUGAGUCCUUUAGGCAGAGAAACAACUGCAGAAAAGAUUCUAAUGCUAAACCCCAAAACUCUUUCAUGUUAUCAUCAUGUAAGUAUGCAGGAAAGGUUCAUCCCAAUGUAUUUGGGAUGCAACUUUUGAUUCUGUCACUGGUGAUAAUUUUACCAAAUAUCUGUGACUAGCCUCACAGUUUCUGUUGUCUGAAAGGGCUGUAGAACAGCCUCCAUUCAGUAUGGGACUGAUGCAGAAACCUCAUUUCUGAGUAAAACUGACAGACCCUGCAGUCCAAGUGGCACAUGUGAAUGCAAAUCAGGUCUCAAAUUCUUGCACUGAUUUGGAAAGUCCAGUGUGUCCUUGCCAGUCUGAACCAGUGGUAUUGUGUGCAGAAUUGCCACAAGGAGUUAGCAAUGAAUGGCUCUACCUAGCUCAAUGUUGAAGGAGUAAGGAAAACAUAGCUCUGCAAUGGAGCAUGCAGAAUUCUGAGCUGCACCUCUUAAAGGUAGUGGCAGAAUGGAACAGCAGGAAUUCCUACUUAGACUUCUUCAGUGCUGUUUCUGGUUUUGAAGCAGAAACGGGGUUUAAAUACAGCCAGCUCCUAUUUUCUCUGGGUAUGAACUGUCAUGGAAGACAUGGCUCGUUAUCUUACACUCGAGGCAGAAUCCACAGAUUUCUCUGAAGCUGGUAUUAUGAACUCUGGGCAUCACAGGCUGAGUUGAUUUUACCUGUUCCAAGUAAUCUUCCUCUAUUUGACUAAGACAAGCAGCUUCUGCCUAUUUUCCAUGUGCUUCUUCCGAGGAUUAAACUUCUCCUUUACCAUUUCUGCCAUGGCAUUGUGAUGCUUUUUCUCCAGUCAUCCAAAAUCUUUUUCAUGCAUUAAAAACAGUGCCUGUUCAUCACAAAAAAUGCUGCUUUUUCCUAGGCCAGUUUUGGGUGUCAGCAAAGACACUGGCAUCAUUUUUUCAUGCAAAUGUCUUGGAUUUUCUAACACAAGAUUGCAACUGCUGAGACAUGUUUCAGGGUCACUGUCAUCCAAAGAAGUGGGUUUUUUUCUGACAUUGGUCAGACAGUGAUAUGGCUGGGUUAUCUUCAUCUGUCUGGUGAGGAAAACUCAUAGAACAGUGCUUCCCUCCACUACCUUUAGUUUUCCUGCCUCCCUCUGUGUCUCCCCUACCUUAUUUAUUAACACUACCUUAGAUUUCAAACUCCUAAGGAGCAUUCCUGUAGGUGGAACAGGUUUGAAAGAGCGAGUCAACUGAAUGACUCAUAGCAGGGUAUAUAGGAAUUGUCUUCCCAGUUACCCUGCUGUUCUCCAGUCCCUUCCCUGAGACACUAUGUGAUCAUCACAUAAUCACAUCACUGAGAAUGUCCCAGUCAUUUGCAGACUUACUGUUAGAGAGAGGUUCUCACCUUGAGGUCCUCAGGCUGUUUUGUCCCUGCUAAGCAACGCAAGUCCUGCCACACUGCACGCAGCCACAGCCAUGUGAGGUUGAGUUCAUCGGUCCAUCUCUUCAGUAAUUCUGGCUCUGCUGAUAAGCAUGUUUGCUGAGAAAGGUACUCUGGAGGCACUGCUCUGUCCUGUCCUGUCCUCUCCUCUCCAGAAAGGUUUCUAUAAAAGGAACCCAUAAAGGUUAUAUUGAGUGGUGGGUAGCUGGGGCCCAAGUGUUAAAGGUAAGAGAUAGCCUCCAAGUUGCUCUCAGAACAAGAAACAUGCCCAAUGGAGACAGCAUCACAGACUGUUCAUACCAGACCAGAAUCUUCAGUUAGACAGGAGGAUAACAUCCUGUUCCAAGAAAGAGGAAGUAUUUCCCUCUCUCGGGGACAAGCUGCUGUGAAGUCUGAAAUCUUUCCCAUGGUACACAGGACCUUCAGCCACACCUGAGGCUUUGGACCUGUGGGGUUUUGCACUCUUUCCAGAUAGAUGCUGGUGGCUUUUGCGUUACUUGCCAAAGGCCUUUCUUCAGGCAGAUCACCUCUUUGGUCUUGUGCAAUCAUUGUCUGCUGUUCUAUUGCUCUCUGAAGACUUCACUGUAUUUUUCCUUUUUUCACACUUUAAAACGUUACCUUUUUUUAAUGACUCAUGUGACCUGGCGCAUGUUAAAUACUGCAGUGUACCAACUGUUUACUAAAUAAUCCCUUUUCAUGCCUUUUUUUU